GUCUCAGAAGUAUUCCUCAAAAUAUUCCUAUUAGUUGAUCAACAACAUGGCUUCAGACUCACCAAGCAGGCAAGCACCUGUGAUCGUCAUAACUGGAACCCCUGGUACUGGAAAGACUACUCAUGCGCAGCUUCUUUCAGAGGAAGCGCCCAUAACAAUGAAACAUAUAAAUGUGGGCCAGUUAGUAAAAGACAAUGGCCUCUACGAGGAUUACGAUGAUGAUUGGCAAAGCUAUACCGUAGACGAGGACAAACUACUCGAUGAAUUAGAGCCACUGGUUACAUCAGGUGGAAUCAUCCUUGAUUGGCACAGUUGUGAAGUCUUCCCAGAGAGAUGGGCUGAUCUCGUUGUUGUUCUUCAAUGUAAUCAUACUCAACUAUGGGAGCGACUAGAAAAACGUGGCUAUUCCCUCAAGAAAAUCCAAGAGAAUAACGAGGCGGAGAUCAUGGAGAUGGUUCUCGAGGAAGCGCGCGCAUCGUAUGCCAAAGAAAUCAUCGUGGAACUCAAGAGCGAGUCUACAGAAGACAUGGAAUCCAAUGUAGCUCGCAUCGUAGAAUGGAUCAGGGCGUGGUUGAGGGAUCGUGACCAAAGAUAGCAUUGACGAUCUAAGUUUCUCCAGAAUGCUGUCUUUUCAAUAGCCACGGACCCGCUAUCAAAAAUCUGAUCCAUAUAGUCAAGUGCCAGUGCAGGCGUCCGACGCGAAUGGCCCUCCUUUGCCCCACAUACCGCCCUCCGAAAUCUCUGUUACUAAUCAAUAUUAAAACCACAUUCUCGAUAGAGAUAUUUCUGGCAUGAGUAAUCCGCUCGCUAUCAUAUUGGGAGAAUCU